CUAUUUCUAUUCGCAUUAUAAUAAAAAUACAAUAAAAUAAAAAAACAGUAAUAAAAAAAACAUAAAUGUCCGAGAGUGGAAUUGAGACCAGCUCAAAAGAAACGGCGUUGCGUGACACUAUUAUUCUCCUCCCUCCCUUUUUGUCUCUUCAAUAAUUCUUAUCUGAGCUGUAAACAAGAUUCUCUCCAACUCUCUCUCUCUCGCCGGCUCUCUAAUGGAAGAUUACAACCGUCAAAGAGCCUACGGAGACACAGGGAUGCAGAUCCAGCCUUACCACGGCGGCGGUCCGGGAACCGGCGACUUCAGGAGCUAUAGCACCUCGUACGCGACGGAGAACAACAUCUACAAUAUCAAGAAGGAGAAAUCUAUAGCGAGGUCGAAGUCUUGGGGGAUAACUGACCCGGAGCUCCAGAGGAAGAAAAGGGUGGCGAGUUACAAGAUGUAUAGUGUUGAAGGCAAAGUCAAAGGCUCUUUUAGAAAAAGUUUCAGAUGGCUUAAGCAGAGGUACACACAGGUCGUCUAUGGCUGGUGGUGAUCAAAGAGUUUUCACCUUUUCAUCUUAUUUAAGCUUUUGAGUAUUUUUUCUGUUUUGAUAUUUUGAUUUUGAUUUCCUCAAGUAAUUAUAAUUGUCUUCUCUCUCUUAUAUAUCUAUGUGUGUUGUAUUCUUCUAUGUAAUUGUGAUGGCCGUAAAAUUAAUUAUAAGUUUACAUAUUUUCCUGAGAUGCA